AUGGCAAUAGCAAACUCAACGCAGGAAAUGUUUAGCGGAUCUGAAACUCCGUUACCGGAUUCUAUAAUCAUCGUUGGGGGCGGGGUGUUCGGAUUGUCCACCGCCCUCGCCCUCUCCGCUAGGCACUCCGGGAAAAUCACACUCAUUGACUCUUCGCCGACGAUCCCCAAUCCGCAGGGCUCCUCCGUCGAUACCUCCCGCAUCGUGCGUGCAGACUAUGCCAAUGCGGCGUAUGCCGCGCUGGCAGAAUCGGCUCUUGAGAAAUGGCGUACGACAGCUUGGGGUCAUGAAGGCCGUUAUACGCAGACAGGCCUCGUUCUAGUAUCAUCUGGAGACAAGUCUGGCAAAGGAUAUGUGCAGGAGAGCUACGAGAAUGUCAAAGCUACAAACCCUAAAAUGAUCGAGAAACUUCCCACGAGAGAGGAUGUUGAACGGGCGGCGCCAGGCUACGGAACUGGCCUGCACGUCUCGGGAGGUUAUGUGAACUGGGGAUCUGGAUGGGCCGAUGCAGAAGCGUCGGUGAGGUUUGCGAAAAAGAAUAUCGACGAGAUGGGGAAGGUGGAUUUUCGUACCGGGGAGGUCAAUCGAUUAUUAGUAUCAACACCUCCACAUCCAGAUGAGGGCCAAAGAGGAGCCAAGGGAGCAACAACUGCCGCAUCAUCUGCACGAGCUAAGGUAACCGGCGUUGAACUGUCUGACGGCACCACCAUCACAGCCGAUCUAGUCAUAUUAGCCACAGGUGCAUGGACAGGCCGUCUACUUGACCUCCGCGGUAAAGCCGAAGCGACAGGCCAGGCCCUUGCCUACAUCCGCAUUUCCGAUGAAGAGCAAGCCAAGCUCGCAAACAUGCCUACGGUCCUAAACCUUUCGACGGGCAUGUUCAUCAUCCCGCCGCGUAACAACAUGCUCAAGAUCGCGAGACAUGCAUACGGCUACCGGAACCCGCAGCGCGUGCCGGCCCCCGUGUACGGCCCAGGCCAUGGCCAAACACCAACGAUGAUAGAGGUUAGUCUUCCUGUCGCUGACGUCCCGCUCCCGCAGGAAGGAGAAAGCGCAUGCAGGGCCGCGUUGAAAGAGAUGCUGCCGUCGUUUGCCGAUCGGCCAUUUGAAAAGACGCGCGUGUGCUGGUAUACAGAUACACCCAAAGGCAAUUUCAUAAUCACUCACCACCCCCACUACGCCGGCCUCUUCCUCGCAACCGGCGGCAGCGGCCACGCCUUCAAAUUCCUACCUGUUCUCGGGGAGAAGAUCGUCGACGCCAUCCAAGGUCGUUUGGAUCCUGAAUUGCAAGAACUGUGGGGGUGGCCUGGGGUGGCUGGUGAUGAGGAUGCUGCUGCUGCUACUACUGUUGUGUGGACAGAAGACGGGAGCCGGUCUGGCGAGAAGGGUUUGAUUUUGAUGGAUGAGCUGGCGAAGGGGCAAGGGGGGAAGAGAGGAAGUAGAUUGUAG